AUGCUGCGUCGUCCUGUGGCUGCGGCAUUGAGUUGCCGAUGCUGUCAAUCCGCCAUCAUUCGUGCCGUUGUCUCAAGACCGGCUACAAGCUCUUUUCGCACUCUUCCACAAACCACGUCAAGACAGCUUCCUGGCUUAGCGACGAGGUUCUUCUCCGAUGCAAGAAUAAACGACCCAAUAGUCGAAAAAGAUGAUUCUGUCGUGUUUUCUCCCAGCGACACCCUCGACACAGCCGCCGAGUCUGCCGAGUCUGAGGACGUUCCUUGGUUUCUCGAAGUUGAGCCCCCGCGACAUCCUCAAAACCAACAUGCUGUCGAAUUACCAAAAAUCCCCGAAGGUGCUCCGGAAGUUCUCGAACCGAUGGUGAAAUACAUUUUCGAGGAUAUGGGUCUGGACGAAAUCUCUCUUAUGGAUAUGCGCGACCUGGAUCCUCCUGCUGCUCUCGGCCCCAACCUGAUCAUGCUCUUUGCGACAGCUCGCAGCGAACGACAUCUUCACAUAUCUUCCGGUCGGUUUGUGCGAUGGCUUAAGAAACACCACAGUAUUUCUGCACGAGCCGACGGACUAAUUGGUCCUGGUGAACUACGGACGAAGUUGCGCCGGCUUCGAAAGAAGGCUAAGCUAAUGGGUACCAACACUGCCAUUGUUCCUGGUGGCGACAAUGGUAUCUCGACUGGAUGGGUCUGUGUCAACUUCUCUUCCAACGGCGACAACAUUGACGAAGCGGCCAAGAUCGAUGAUAGCGGCCGCUUCUCUGGCUUUGGUGCCCCUCAGACAGGAACCACGGUGGUGAUCCAGUGUAUGACAGAGGCCCGAAGAGCGGAGCUUGAUUUAGAAAGUCUCUGGCAGACUAUCUUGAAGAAGAGCAUAAGGGAGAACAAGCAGGCUCGUGGUGAAAAGAUUGGUAGCCCGGAGGAGUUAGAGCAACUGCUUGCCUCCAAGGUUCAAUUGCCGAGAUCAGAAUCUGCCCCCCAAUGGCAGGCUUUGCAGAAGGCUUCCAAACAAAAGCGUUCUUACACCACAAGCGCCCGACGCCUUGCUCCAGAUCUUGCGCGAAACGAGACGGUUAAUUCAUUUGAUGGUCUGGCCGUAGAAGAGAACGAUACUUUGGGAGAAACAGAAAAGUCCCUGCAGCUGGAUCAAGUACGUGCGCGUUUUGAAGAUAUCCAGCUUGUUGGGCUACCUCUUUCCCAAGAACAACUCCAUGGAUAUCUUCAUGAUGCCCUGACAGCGCGUGCAGAAGAACCCGCUGCAGGGACUCGACUGGCUUUUGUUGACCAAAUCCUUUGGACAGCCGAGGAGCGAGGCAUGGAGAUUUGGACCGACAAUAUGUUCGUUACGCUUAUUGAGUCGGCAAUGCUCUCUCCAUCUUACGGACAACCCGAGCUCGAACGAGCACAGAAGAACCUUGAGAGUCUUAUGCUGCAGAAGGACUGCCAGCUCGACGGGUUAGGGACUUUUCGUUUAAUGGAGGCCUAUGAAUCACGAGAAGAUUGGCCCCGUUUCUGGGACGCGUUUCGUAGGCCACCUCUGUACAAAAUGUCCAGGGGCGAAAAACUGUACACAUGCGUUUAUAGGGCCCUGGAGCGCACUGAUGACCAAAUGAUGUGCAUCGAGAAUUUGCGCUGGGUCUACAACGACAUGUUGAACGAACCCGAACAUGUCGAGUUCACCGGCCGUCUCUACCGUGCACUCAAGUCAUGUAUCACUAUUGCAGACCCGGCGUCUCCACAUCUAGUGGACAAACGCGCCGAUGAUUUCGAUUAUAUGCGGUAUUACGCCAAACGAAGACUAGCAAUCAGAGAAUACGUUCUGAUGCUCAGAGACGUCGAGGCUCGUCGCAUUCAAGCUGUCGAACAAAUCGCCAGAACGCACCUGGAUCAGGGCAUUGCUUCUAUGGCCGAACAGAUGGCUGUCGAUGAGACAGAAACAAAGGUGUAA